AGGGAGCCUCAAACACUGCAGGCCGCUGGACUGGCACCUCCUCUGACAUCCUCUCACUUUGCAUAACACCUGCCGAGGAAGGCCGAUCACCUGACAGAGAAGCCCAGCGAGCGCAGGGGACAACACAGCGGACACCUUUGCUUACACAUUGUGCAUCAUCAGAGGCUGCCCGUCACAAUGGAUUUCUCCCCCAUCUGUAUACCUUCUCAUUUUACAAUGAAGCCUACAGAGAAACCCUGCAUACCUAGCUAGCAAUUAAUUUAAAUCUCCUUCCCUUUGGAACUUUUAGAUCUGAACUAAAGGGCUCUUCUAUUUUUUAUCGUGGUAGUAAUUUAUUUAUAAAAACAUAUUACCUCAUAAGUUACUGUUAAAUUGCAGGGGGGAAAAGAGAAAAAAAAUUUGGCUUGGGAUAAGAGUGAUUGUGACAAAAACUUAGUUAUAUUGUGAGAAGCGAUGGAUACAACUACAUUAGCGACCCUGGCUGCUGCCACCACCGUGGCUCUGGCCUCUCAGUCUGACAUGUCGGGCUACCUGUGGCUGCUGGUGCUAGGCUUCAUCAUCGCCUUCAUCCUGGCUUUCUCUGUGGGGGCCAAUGAUGUGGCCAACUCAUUCGGUACAGCAGUGGGCUCUGGUGUGGUCACUUUGCGGCAGGCCUGCAUCUUGGCCACCAUCUUUGAGACCGUGGGCUCGGUCCUGUUGGGGGCCAAAGUAAGCGAGACCAUCCGGCAGGGGAUCAUUGACGUCCGGAUGUACAACGGCUCGGAACACGUCUUGAUGGCAGGAUCGAUAAGUGCUAUGUGUGGCUCUGCUGUGUGGCAGCUGGCAGCGUCGUUCCUGAAGCUCCCCAUUUCUGGAACCCACUGUAUUGUUGGAGCAACAAUUGGGUUUUCCAUGGUAGCCAGAGGUCACCAAGGGGUGAAAUGGAUGGAACUUCUGCGCAUUGUGGCCUCCUGGUUCCUGUCCCCCGUGCUGUCAGGCAUCAUGUCAGCAAUUCUCUUCUAUUUUGUCCGCAAAUUCAUUCUGAAUAAGACUAAUCCUGUACCCAACGGCCUGCGAGCCCUACCUAUCUUCUACGCCAUCACGAUGGGCAUCAACCUAUUCUCUAUCAUGUUUACAGGAGCACCAUUGCUGGGGUUUGACAGAGUGCCGUGGUGGGGUACGCUGUGCAUUUCUCUGGGCUGCGCUGCCGUCACAGCCUUGUUCGUUUGGUUUGUCGUCUGUCCCCGCCUCAAGAAGAAAAUCCAAGCACAAACAGCUGCUGCUCCCUGUGCAGCUCCGCUCAUGGAGAGGAACUCCAGCAAACCCGUGCAACCGCAGCAGUCCCCAGUAUCCCAUGCACCCCGACCACAGAGCCCUCCAGCAGACAGUCAGAAGGUGGCUUUUAAACUGGGAGGCUCAGAGGAGACGGAUUUAGACAGCAUAGAUGCAGAAACCAAAGACCUGGACAUCGCCAAUGGUCUGAAUGGGACCGUAGGCCCCAUGGUGAUCACUGAUCCUCACAGUGGUCGGUCCCACACAAUCCACAAAGACUCUGGCCUUUACAAGGACCUGCUUCACAAGCUCCACAUGGCCAAGGUUGGCGAAUGCAUUGGUGACAGCGACACAGAAGAGCGGCCUAUCCGGAGGAACAACAGCUACACCUCCUACACCAUGGCUAUUUACGGAAUUCAAGGAGAUGUCAGGUACAAAGACGGGGACGGUGGGCUGCAGAGGAGACCGAGAGUGGACAGUUACAGCAGCUACAGCUCAGCAGUGUCCAACAGGAGUGCAGCUCUGGACGAGAAUGUGGCCCAAGAAGCUGGCACCGACCUUGCUGGCACGGACCUGGAAGAGGAUGAGCUGGAAGUCGACCAGCCUGCCGUUUCCUCGCUUUUCCAGUUCCUGCAGAUACUCACUGCUUGCUUUGGCUCUUUUGCUCAUGGAGGGAAUGAUGUCAGCAAUGCUAUUGGCCCACUGGUGGCUCUCUGGCUUCUGUAUGAGAGUGGCUCCGUCUUGUCAAGUGCACCGACACCUAUCUGGCUGCUUCUUUACGGUGGAGCCGGCAUCUGCAUUGGACUCUGGGUGUGGGGUCGGAGGGUGAUCCAGACCAUGGGCAAAGAUCUCACCCCUAUUACACCCUCGAGUGGAUUCAGCAUCGAGCUGGCCUCAGCAAUCACAGUUGUGGUGGCAUCCAAUAUUGGCCUUCCCGUCAGCACAACCCACUGCAAGGUGGGAUCCGUGGUGGCCGUGGGAUGGUUACGUUCCCGGAAGUCAGUCGACUGGCGUUUGUUCAGGAAUAUCUUCAUAGCCUGGUUUGUUACUGUUCCGAUCUCUGGGCUGAUCAGCGCUGCCAUCAUGGCUCUCUUCAUCUAUGUUGUUCUCUGAGGCCAGCACUGUCCAGCGACACUCCUACUUGAGUUGAUGGACUGCGGCCAACAAGUUGUUUGACUCUGAUAAAUCCUACGCCAAUAAAAAUGUCCUGUUUGUUCUCCAUUUGCUAAUGAUUUAUAUUAUAUCAUUAAGUCAAGGCAAUUAUUUUAUCUCCCAUGGUCGCGUCCUUGAAUUAUGUAGACUCUAAUAACACUCUUCAGUUAUCCGAAAGACUGUGAUCUUGUAUAUCCUUUUGUAUAUUUGUAUAGAAGCAAUGUUUUCAUCAGAUGAUUCCCUUUUGACUGAAAAAGAACGAGCAGCAGUUGUAUGUUUGGAUAUUUGGAUACAGUAAAAUAUGGAGUUGCUUGAUUUGAUGAUAUUUCAAUGUAUUUUACUCACCA